GUCUAAAUCAACAUGGCGGUCGAGAAGUGCCUUGAAACAUGUGCCUUGAGUUACAAAGUUAUAGCAGAAUGCUCCACAACCAAGGCUCGAACUGCUAUUCUAACUUUGCCACAUUAUGAAGUAGAAACUCCAGUAUUUAUGCCUGUAGGAACUCAGGGAACAAUGAAGGGUUUGACCUCUAAACAACUCACAGAGCUGGACUGUCAGAUUAUUCUUGGGAACACGUACCAUCUUGGAAUGAGACCGGUAGAGAGAACAAGAGAUCAGGAGCAUUUUAAUUGCAUUAUUAUACGGUUCUAGCUCUUGAAAAUCAGUUCAUGAGAUAAAUUUUAACACACAGGGCACAGAGAUAUUAGAAAAAGCCGGGGGACUACAUGGAUUUAUGAAUUGGAAGAGAGCCUUAUUAACGGUAAGUUGCCUGCCAAAAUAUUAAUAUUGCCUGAGUCGAAACACGCUUUAAAGAGAAAAGAACAGUAAUUUUUCCGAGUGUUUAACAAAUUAUUAUUUACUUGUUUCCAACAUAAAGGACAGUGGUGGAUUUCAGAUGGUAUCUUUAUUGAAAUUAGCUGAAAUUACUGAGGUAAGCCACUCCGGUCUUGCACCCCUUUUUACUUCUGUUUCUCCUUUACUCAUUUUCGCACAAGUGUUCUCCUUGUCAAAUUUAAACAUUGUCACUGAAAUUUCUUCCCAGCCAACAAUUUUUCUUGGACUUACCAUCUGAAGUUGGUCAGUACAAAAUGCAGACUGCAGACUGUAGACCAGGUACAAAAUGCAGACUAGGUAAAAAAUGCAGACUGAGAAUUUAAACUGUUUUUUCUGUCUGAUACAUGAUAAAAUGGCAUCUCACAACUUGCCAAGUGUCACAGAAUUGUUUUUCAAGGAACAACUUUCACAAUCAUUUGCACUAUUACAAGUGGAAUUUUGUAACAUGGUACAUACACUGAUUUUUACAUAGUAAUAUUUGUGUAGUCAUCAAACAGAUGAGAGAUAAACAAAUGGCCCAUCAAUCAGUGUGUGUACACCCCUGAAUUUUGAAAAUAAACCAAGUUGAAGAAACAGUUUUGAUCUUGGUCUGCAUUUUUGUCAUCAAGAUGAACACAUAUUGGUUAAAAAGAUGACAAGUAUGGAACGCAUACAAAACUUUCAAUUGUUUCUCAAAAAUUGUGCCUGUUAAUUAUUCAAUUCUGACAUCUUGCAUGUGAAGUGAAAAGACUAUAUGAACACUUGAAAUUCUAUUAAGAACAAUUGUGGCUGCUUAGUGAAAAACUGAAAACAACAGCCACUUUGUUAUAAAACAAAAUAUGCAAGGAAAAAGGCAAGGAAUAUUCCAUAAUAGUGCAAAUGAUUGUGAAAGGUGAUCGUGGAAAAGGGAUUGUGUGACACUUGGUAAGUUGUAAGAUGACAUAUUAUUACAUAUCAGACAAAAAAACAGUUUAAAUUCUCAGUGUGUACUUUGCAACCAGUCUGCAUUUUGUAUGCAGUCUUCAUUUUGUACUGACUGCAUCUGAAGUAGAAGAAGGAACAAAUUGAGCUGAUUGAAAUACCUCAAAUAAAGAGAAAAAUCUGAACCCCCCAUAAAUGGAGACGGAUUUUACCAGUAAAGAUUUAUAUGUGCGCACAGAGAUUCCUUUUAUUUCUUUUUCAAAGGAAGGUGUUAAGUUCCAGUCUCCCCAUGAUGGUAAAGAAAUGCUACUUACCCCUGAGAAGUCAACUGAGAUCCAGAAUUCCAUAGGAGCUGAUAUCAUAAUGCAGCUGGAUGAUGUGGUCAGCAGCACUACAACAGGUAACCUGAAUCAGUAUGGCAACCUUGGCAAUCUGCUUACAAUCUCUUUCAAAGAUUUGUCAUUUUCAGCCUGACUGUUCAAUGGCAAAUAUAGCAGAUACUUAAUAUGCUCAUAACUGAGCUAUCUUUAAUGAAAAUGUAUCUAAGAGUAUGAAUAAGAAUGAAAUGGAAGUGGAGUUGAUGCACAGUGGUAAAUGUUAUCCUGCAACCAGUGACAACUAGAGGAUCAGACCUUUUGAAUCAUAAUUACGAAUAUUUUUGUGAAGCCCCUGUAGAUGAUUCCAGUAACAAUAGCAUCAAUAAGAGAUGUUGUUUGUACCAGGAAGGUAAAUAGAUUGGCCUGCUAGUUGGUAUGGUAGGGUUAUUACUCGUUAGGUCAACUUUUUACAAACAUCUUUGCUUUACUCAAAUCUUCAAAAAGGAGAGAAAUGAGAGAAAACUUAUAGGAUCCUAUAUUUCAACCAUGAACUAAAUUCUGUUCAUUUUACCAUUGAAUCAUUAAGACAGAUCAAAUAAAUACAGAUUGAACAAUAUUUAUCCUGAUGCCAAAAUGAACUAGUGACCCCAGAUUUGGACAAGAGUAGAACUUAAAAAGUCCCUUACCAUCCCAAAUAGUAAAUCUUAUCCUAUCUUAUAGAAAUGUUUCAGUCAAUUCUUUGGCUAAAAUCCAAUCAUUGCCUCUGUAGGUCCAAGAGUUGAAGAGGCCAUGUUGCGCUCAAUCCGAUGGUUGGACAGAUGUAUAUCAGCCCAUGCUAAGCCAACACAGCAAAACCUUUUUGCAAUAAUACAGGGUGGAUUAGAUCCAGAACUUAGAAAGACUUGUAUAGGAGGUACUUUGUUUUACAAGCAUCAUCCAUCAUCAGUUCAUCUGAUUUAUCUAUUAAUCCUAACCAUUACAAUUCCUCAAAUGUUAUUGGAGCAUUAGCUGCUUUAAUUUUCACUAAUAAUUCCAUUCAGUUGUAAUCAGACUGUUGGCUGUAAUCAGACACUGGUAAUUGGACAGUUGGAGCUUCCAAUCAAACUGAGUCCACUCAGCUAAAUUUACCAAUCACAGAAUUUAUCACAAUAACCAUUAUGAUAGCAACAACCACUUUUCCUGAAGAACUACUGGGGAAUUUCCAAAAUGGAGGAAUUUUUACUACAGACAUUAUCUCUACUGGAGAUGUUUAAUUCCUAAAUGUAUUUGUUUUUUUCAGAAAUGGUAAUGGUGAUAAUUAAUUGGUAACAGGACUUUGUGUCAUCCAGUUCUGUCUGCAAUCAUUUUGAUACUUGUGAUUGACAAAUUGGACUACCACUUGGUGGAUAUCCGAUUUUGUUAAUUGCUCAUAUGAUUACAGACUAAAUUUGAGGAAACAAAGCCCCCUUACCAUUAUUGAUUGUAUCUGAAGUUUAUCUGAUUAUUUGCAACUUAAUUUUGGAUGAAAAAGAAAGUCUGCCCUUGAGCCUAACUGUCAACAUGUUGUCCAAGUUUAUCCUGGCUCCCACAGCAUAACAGGGCAGUGCAGGGGUAGUGCCACCUCUUCUGCCUGAGAUGCUGCCCCAUUGUACAUGCAGGUCAUACCUUUACCCUUCUAUUUUGUCUGGUUCCUCAAUAUUUCAUUGUUACCCAUUUGUACUCCAGGGUAGGGCACUGUGGGUUUAUAGUGUCUUGUCUAAGAACACACCAAAAUUACUUGGAUAGAGCUUGGAUCUUGACCUUUCAGCCCUGAGUCCAAGCAGUUUGGUUAGCCAAUCACUGGGCCAAUGCAAGUAGCUAAAUCAUGUAGGAAGUACAGUAACCCAUAAGAUUGAUAAAAUUUUGAAAUGUUUUCAACAGUUGCUAUAUGAUCAAAUUUAUUGAAUAUUCAUUUCUUAGAGAUGGUUAAACGUAACACACCUGGUAUUGCCAUCGGUGGCCUUAGUGGUGGAGAAGAGAAGUCUUUAUUUUGGAAAACUGUUACACUGUGCACAGAUUAUCUACCAAAGAACAAACCAAGAUAUCUUAUGGGUGUAGGGUAAGGGUCAUGUGCAAAGAUUGCUUGGUGUUCAAAAGAAAAAAAUUACUGGAAAAUCAUUCUGGCAAUGUAUCAAGAUUAAUUUCCUAAUUUUUUCAUAUUCUGUUUUAUAAUUAUCUCUUUUAUUUUCUCAAGCUAUGCUGUGGAUCUUGUAGUUUGCUGUGCUUUGGGAGUUGACAUGUUUGACUGUGUCUAUCCAACCAGAACAGCAGUAAGUUGAGUGGACAUACUGUACAUUCAAGCAUGACUCAACAGAGUGGAGUAUUUAAUGUGUUAUCGUUAAUUUAUUCUAAUCUAAAUAACCUGUUUUAUUUUUUGUAAGAGUCUUUUAAGUAUCUUCUUGAAUUUUUUUCCAUAAUAAUGAUAAGGAUAUUCUCAAUGAAGAAAGAUCAGUAAACAUUUGCUGAGAAUAUAGGUAUCAAAUUUCAUAUAAGUUUUGUCCAGUCAUUUUGACCUAAAGUGCAUUACUUCUAAACUCUGACAAAAAAAAAUUAGAUCAAUCAGGAUAAAUAAGAUUAAAAUAGUGUUGUAAUGAGAUCCAGUUUUAAAACAUAUUUGCUCAUUGACCCUGAAUCCAGCAUCAUAUGAAGAAUGUGCCUGCACAGUUGUGCUGUUAUUUGAUCAUGCUAAGCCGGUCUCCACCCCUGAGUUGAUACUAAGUUUCCUCCUCGCUCUUGCCCAGUAAUAAAAAAUAAAUAAAUCUUAGGGAGUGUUAAGUGUUCAGGGUUUCUUACUCUCAAAGCCAGAUUUUGAUUUUUUUGUUUUAUACAUCUUGCUUGUACAGUACUUGCCUAUAAUUUCCCUAACGGAUCUUCAGGAUUUUGAGGAUCCUAUGAAGGAUUGUAAUAGAGAAAUAUUUAUUAUGAUCUUCAAUACUCAUGCCAAGAUCUUCAAGGAUAUUUCAACCAGAAUUUUGAAGAUCAUUGUACUGAUAAUCCACUCAUAAAGCUACUGACUGAUUUUUUUUCUUACAAAUCCAGAGAUUCGGCACAGCCCUGGUACCUUGGGGUCAACUUCACUUAAAGAAUAAACAAUAUUCAACAGACUUUGAACCUAUUGAUAGAGACUGCAGAUGCUUGGCUUGUAAACAUCACACCAGAGCUUACAUCAACUCUUUGCUAGGCAGAGAAGAGGUUGCUUGUCAUUUGUUGACAAUUCAUAACAUUUAUUAUCAGGUAUGCUGAACGAUGACAAAUAGUGUUAUCUUGUAAGCAGGCCCUCAUUAUUGGGGCUGCAGCACAACCAUUCCUUUGCCUGCAGGAAAGUUUGAGGCCUUUUGCAAAGCAACAAGCAAGAGGUCUGCAAAGGGUCUGGAACUGAUAUUGGUACCAGACCCCAGCAAACUCCUCCCAAAUAGUCUCAAAUCUUCCAGCAGGGGGAAAAACAUAUAUCCUGUCGCGCUAACAAUGAGGGUUACAAGUGUGUGGGAGAGAUUAAAAGGAAACAUAUGAUGUGACUAGUUGCCAAUGUACAGAACAAUGAAUUCAAGGUGUGGUUCAGGUUUGAUUCCUGAACCUUUAAUUAUAAAUUGGGUUGAUUUUUUUCCUACUCUGAGGGUUCCCUACAUGAAAUUUUGCUCCCUUUCCAAAAGCCAUUGUGAUAUAUGGAGAAAUUCCAUCAGCUAUUCUUCAGAGUAGGAAUAAGAAACGUGCUGGUACAAUUUUUAAAUUUUAAAAAUUUCAUUCAGUAAAAAUAUUCAAGUUUAUUUGCUUUGACUUAAUUAUUUUGGUUUCUAUUUUUUUUCCAUUUUGUUUCAGAUGAAGUUGAUGCAUGAUAUAAGAGAAAGUAUCAAGGUGGACAAAUUUCCUGAAUUUGUGCACAAAUUUAUGAAAAGGAUGUUUCCAGAUGAAAUUUUUCCUGUCUGGGCCAAAGAAGCUCUUGCUUCUGUCAAUAUCUUCUUGAAAACUCAGGAAAUCAUCAAAAGUAAAGAAGAUAAAGUGUGGAAUCAAAAUGACUCUGCCUCUUCUGGUGAAUGUGAUUCGUCAACAUUAAAUCUUAAAAAAUAAAAAUUUGCCCAAAGACAUUGUCAAGUGUGAGUGAUGUUUGACAAAGUGAACAACAUAAAAUACUUUCAUGAACUUUGCUCAACAUAUUAGUAGUAAAAAUUACAAAACUAGCUGCAAUGGCCACUCAAAAAU